UGCGGAUUUAGUACUCCCCUUGCCCACUUUUGUUGAAUGACGCCGAGGAAUGAGGUGGACCGCCUUGAGGCGGUGAAACUUCACCUUCGAGAAUAAAUCAACAAGAGACGCACCGCAUCAACGCAGCCUCAGAGUUCAAGCAAGUCAAUAUCCCACUUCGACCCAUCUUUAUCUUUCUCUGAAGAUCUGCGAGCGCCUGAUCUGACGUGUCCUCGAGACAGUUUAUGGACGGCCGUCUAGACUCGCGGUCUCUGAUGAUGAUGAGUACCCGCAGGCGAGAAGAAAUCUAUCUGGAGUCUGGAAUCCAGAAUCAGGCGCACAGAGGAAUGCGUGCUGCGGGAGCAACAUGCUGCAGGACAACCUCAGCAUCAAUGACCCAGUUCUAGAGACUGAACCGCC